AGAAAACAAAGAAAAGAUAAAUUCAUAUAAUUAGAAGCAUGUUCUAAACUAAUCAACAGAAGAUAGAAAAAAAGUAAACCUAACUCUUCAAUUAAACGUACAGAAGACAUCGGUACUAGCUAUGGGGCAAGAUGGAUGAGCUGAUUUUGGACCCCUCCUUGUACACUGUCAAAGCCAUUCUGACUCUGGACAAUGGUGGAGAUAGAUUUUUUGCCAAGUACUGUGACGACAGCUACCCCGGUGUCAAGGAGCAAAAGGCCUUUGAGAAGAACACUUUCAACAAGACCUGUCAGACUGACACUGAAACUGCCCUCUUGGGAGGCCUGACAGUGGUAUGCAAAAGCAGUAUCGAUCUCUAUUUCUAUACGAUUGGCAGCUCAUACGAAAAUGAGAUGAUGCUCAUGGCUAUUCUGAACUGCCUCUUCUUCGACUCACUGAGCCAGAUGUUGAGGAAAAAUGUAGAAAAGCGAGCUCUGCUGGAGAACAUGGAGGGGUUCUUCUUGGUUGUGGAUGAAAUCGUAGAUUGGGGGGUGAUCCUAGAGAGCAAUCCCCAGCAAUGGGUACAGCGGGUGGCACUAAGGGGAGAUGUCCCCCUUACAGAGCAGACCAAGUCUCAGGUGCUGCAGUCAGCCAAAGAACAGAUCAAGUGGUCACUCCUUCGGUGAAGACCUCACUGUUCCUGGCUCCUUACCCCCUCAAAAAAUCCACGUCUGCUAUGACUUCUCAUCCAGUCCCCCAACUAAUGCUCUCAGGGUCAUCUCGGGGAUCACAGGGAUCCUUAGAUCUCCAUCCUGUCUGUGGCUGCCUCCCCCACAAACCUGUAUACACUUCCCAUUCCUUCGCACUCUUUUUUGCAGUUCUGGGACUAAAGCUCUCAGCAGACUUUUGGACACAGGGCAGUGGAAGAACCCUCUUCCUUUCUCAACUGGAUGAUGCUCCCAUGCUCUCCUAUCCCCCAUAUUUUCUCCCCCACUUCUGUGCUCUUUGGCUGCAGCUACACUUCAGAUCAAAGCAGGAGAAAGAAUGUGCUGAGUGCUUUCCUCCCUUUGUCUUUACCCUGCCUUCAUCCCAACAGCCCAUGAAGGGGAGGGAGAGUGAAUUCUUUUCUACAGAACGAGUGGGGGUGGGGAGAGGCAUAUCAUGUCUCGGCCGCAGCCCUGCAUGCUGGCCUCAGUAUUUUCCCCCAUUCCUUCUUACUGUCCAGGACUCCAGCCUUGGAAAAAAGCUUGGGAACACUCAUAGGCAGGGGACAGAGUGGAAUAAGCAGUGAUUUAAAUUUUAUUGGAGAGGGCCUAUAACAUUCUGUAUUUCAGCCACAGCUGCAUGUUUUACCCUGAUCCUGGCUUAUAGUUUCAAAACUGCUGUGGUCUGUGCGUACUCAUUGUGGGAGUGUCCAUCUUUUUGUCCGAUACCUUAACUCUCCACUUUCACUACCUGUGGGAUCUCUGCCUGGCUUGUCCUCUCUGUGCCCUGGAGCAAAGCCAGUCCCUGAACUAAAACCCCAUUCUAGUCUUGGGAAGAAGAGUUUCUGCUCAGAACUGGAGACAGGGUAGAAUUUAUGACUUGGGCCUCUGGGAUCUCUCAGUCCCCUUCUCCCCGCCUCAUGCAUUUCAUUCUUCUGUCUUGGGUCUGAGAUAUCUGCUUAACCCUGUCCUCUCUCUGCCUCAGCCUUACAUCCAGGCAGUAGGUCUGGUCAUCUGGUC